UGGGGUUUAGGAUUUUUUAUUUUUAGUGCAUCAAGAACCUCUGAAACUACUCUGAUGUUACUUUUUUAAAAUUAAUUAUGAUGCAUUAAAAUGUCAUGGCUAAACUCAAAAUUUAGCCAUGACACUAAAUUUAAGGUUUUUUGUACUCUGUAAGCCAUCAUUAUUACAAAAAUAAAUGCUUGAAAUGGUUCACUCUGUGAUGACUAUAUACUGUAAUUUGAGUUUAACUUUAUAAAAAUAGAACAUUUUUCACAAUAUUCCACUUUUUGAGAUGCAAAUGUAAAUGAAAUUCAUUCCUUAAAUGAAAGGUGCGUACUGGGUUGCUCUGUUGAACAAGGCUCUCAUUGGCCUAGUUCCUAUUUAUUUAUGCAAUUUCUGUCAGUGAACCGAAAGCCUUUAUGCCUGACGCUCUGACAGUUGUAUCAGUUGUAUUCCUCGUGUGAAAAUAGCAAAAAGAUGAAAACUUUCCACUUCUCUGCCCUCUCUAUACUUAAAAAGCCUUACAAUCUCAACUGAAACUGUCAGAACUUCAUUCAGUGCUUUCCACCAACAAUGGAAAUCCUAACAUCAUGUUAGCCUAUGUUUUAAAUCUUAACUUCUUUAUACAUUUUAGAUUGCUUCUGUAAUGACCACCCUCACUUUUUUGCACUAUUUCUAUUUUUUUGUUAUGGUUCCUUUGGCUUGUCCACUAAGUGUACUACCGCCUCUUGGCCAACACAUGCUUGUGGUCUUGAACUCAAUAGGUUUUUACCUUGUUAAAUAAAGACUUAUUAAAAAUAAAUAUAUCUCUUACAUAGGUAGAUUUUAACUUUUCUAAUUGUCUUUCUUAAUUGAAUGUCUGCUGUUUUAUUUGUCUAGGUGUUGUUUCUAACACCAUAUAUAAGCAUUCAGCAGUGACAGGAGGACUAAAUACUGGAUCUCCAAUUACUUUCCCAGAGGAGGAUGAGGACCCUAGAGUGUCUGAAGACACCACUUCCCCAAAAGGGAUCUGGGGUUUUUUAAAGGGAGUAGCAGGUAAUCCUGUGGUAAGGAACGUCCUAAAUAAAACCAAACACUCAGUAGAGUCCAUGAUCACUACUCUGGACCCUGGCAUGGCACCAUACAUCAAGUCAGGUGGAGACAUUGACAUUGUAGUGGCUUCUGAUAAGGACAUGAGCGUGCAAGCUGUAAGAGAGGCCUUCCAGGAGGUUUUUGGGAUUGCAACGGUCACUGGAGAGCCAAGUCAGUCCAACAUUGCCCCUCAACCAGUGGGUUAUGCAGCUGGAGCUAAGGGGGCCCAAGAACGCAUUGAUGGCUUGCGUCGAGCUGGUGUGAUUCAUGAGAAGCAGCCUGUAGUCGCUUUGGAAAACUUCAUAGCUGAACUUUUUCCAGAGAAGUGGUUUGACAUUGGCUGUUUAAUCUUGGAAGACCCUGGUCAUGGCAUCUGUGUGGAGGUCUUCACACAAGCAACUCCUCUGACACUGGAUCACAUUCAGCAGGCUCAUUCCCUUACACCGCCUGACUACAGCCUGCGUUGGUCCGGCCUGGUCGUUACAGUGGGAGAGAUUUUGGAGCGCAGUCUGCCGAACAUCAGCAGAACAGAUUGGCACAAGUCUGUAACAGGAUUAAGCCAACAUCAUAUAAUCCAAUGUGCAGCCAAAGUUCUUGCUGGACUUUACAAACAGCAGCUGCUUCCCUGGACUGAGUGAGGCUGACUGGUAACAGAUUCCAUAGGGACACAGAAACGGCCAUGAAAGCUACUUUUGGAUUAGAUGUAUCCAUUUGUGCCCACUGAGUUUUCUAAGUGUGUUUUUAAAUGCCUGCAAGAUUUCAACAAAGUCUUGUUUUUCUGUAUUGUGUUAUGAAAAGGUUCCCACUAUAUUCUGACAGUGUAUUAAUUUCUUUACUCAUUAAUGCAUGUCAUUGGCCGACUUUCCUGUGGUAGCACAGAAAGUAUUGCAGAGUGCAAUGCUGGGUCUGUCUUGUAUUUUCAAGGCAUAGCCCCUUACAAAACAAUUUUCAAAUGUAAAUACAAAGUUGAAUUUCUCCUACAGUGGUUUUCAUAAAGUUGUUGAAUGGAAAAUAAAUCUGCUUUUUUUCUGCAGGCUGCAGGAUUUCUUUUUUUGUUUUUCUGCAAUGUAGAUUUAACAGAUGCACAGUCUUAUCAAAUUAUUCUCUAAGCAUUGCAACAUUGAAAUUCAUACAUUGUAAUAUGCUGUGAUUUGGUAAAUGUAUGAGCACAAAAAUACAUGCAGAAGUUAAAAUUGGAAAGUUGAUUCUGGGGCUUCUGGUAUACUUAUACUACACCAUGGUUCUUAAGUGUAGUAUAAGGCCAGGAAUUAUCUACUCUGUUCAACUUUGAUGCAACAAUAUAUAUAUUUUUUUUGUCAUCAUGCAAAGUCCAGGCUGAUGAAACUUACCAAGGCCCUACCUAAGUCAUGAGAUAGGCCAUUCAAAAUUCUUGGUGCCAAAGACAUCACUUGCAUUCCUUAAUUUUUUAUUUUAUCUCUUUCCAGCAGAAUGUUUAUUUAAAAAGAUAAACCAAAAGCCUUACAACUGUUUUUAAAUCCUUCUUUAUCUUAAUGUGCAGAUUUGAAGAGUUGUUGAAAACAAAGUAUAUUUUAAAAAUUUGACUCAUGUAUGCAUUGUAUUAAUGUACAUUAGCAUAUUCCUCUCCAGCAUUAAAAAUUAAUGGUUGAG